AUGCCACAUUUCCCAAUGAACACCGGAUUCGAGCUGAACGAGGACACACCUUCGAACGCGAAGAACUCUUUCAUCCAAAUAAAAAACCGCCGAAAGCGGUACCUGGAUCUCCAUCCAGAAUAUUUCUCGGCGGAGCUCGAGCUAGCCGACCCAUUGCUGUACGAUCGUCUUAUCCGCCGAUUUCAAACAACGCAGGAACGGGAAGCGCAAGGGCGCGAGAAGGGAUUCUCCGGUGUUUUGCAGGCGGACUUGCUACGCUCUGAGGCUAAGAUGGAUGCGCUGGCACAUCCGGAUCCGAGUGCUAUGAUGAGCUAUACUCGUGGUCCGAAUGGUGAGAUUCUUGCUGAAGACCGAGAUGAUAUACCUGCGAGCAAAGAGGAGGGUGAGAAGCAGUGGCAAUGGGAGAUGGGAUUGCGCUUUAUGAGAGGCGAUGACCCUGAUUUCGAUUAUGCGACUGUUGACACAAAUGAGGAUUACGACGACUUGUCUGAGCAGCAAGAUGAGUAUUUCGAGGAUGAGGAGCCUGAGUGGGAGGUUGAUGGCCUUCGGGGUGAGGAUGCGAGGGCGCAACUUCAAGGUGAGACUGGAAUUCAGGAUUUUUAA